UGUGUAUCGGCAUUUAACCGCGUUUUACUCGAUAGCAGUUUUUAGUUACGUGUUGACCGCUAUGCUGUGAUGACAGUUUAAUGGCAUCAGUUUGACACGAUUAUUGAUAUUAGGGUUUACUUUGGAGACGGUUGCACUGUAGCUCAGUGGAAACAUGGACUAUAUUCUGUCUUUCACGGGGAGCAGCGCUCGAGCUGUCAGAGACGCGAUCUCCAAUAGAAUCUGGCCUGCACAAGCCAGAGAAGUGCACUUCAAAGAUUACUCUGAUUCUCCUGGAUCGUCAUCCGAAAGCAAGGACACAUUAACUUCAGACACCGGCCAGAAGAAGACUCCGGAGAAGAAGGAUGGACGUCGCAUGUCGUUCCAGAGACCCAAGGGGACCAUCGAGUAUUCCGUGGAAUCGCGGGACACUCUGAACAGCAUUGCACUGAAGUUUGACACCACCCCCAAUGAGCUUGUUCAGCUAAACAAACUCUUCUCCAGAGCGGUGGUCCCUGGCCAGGUUCUAUAUGUUCCUGACCCUGAGUAUGUCUCCAGUGUGGGCAGCUCACCCUCCCUCAGUCCCAUCAGCCCCCUGUCUCCCACUUCCUCUGAAGCCGACCUAGAGAAGGUGACGGAUUCUGAUGGCGUUCCUCGUUCCGACGCCCCGCCGCCUCCGGCGUUCACCGCCCUGCGACCCUCCCGUGUGGUCUCAUCCACCUCGGAGGAAGAGGAAGCGUUGACGGAGAAGUUCCUUAAAAUCAACUGCAAGUACAUCACAGAUGGCAAGGGUGCAGUCAGUGGGGUGCUACUGGUGACGCCAAACAACAUCAUGUUUGACCCUCACCGGACCGACCCACUGGUUCUGGAGCGCGGCUGCGAGGAGUACGGAAUCAUGUGCCCUUUGGAAGAGGUCCAGUCUGCUGCCGUCUACCGAGAGAUCAUAGACAGCAAGAUCCGCGAGUCUGUGUCCCAGGAACUGGAGCUCCUGUUUUUGGGACAUGUCCCCUCCCAGCAGAUGGAGCUGCGGCUAAGGGAGGGAUACGAUAGCGCCAGCACAGCUCCCCGCAGCACCGAGGGCUCCCUCUCUGAGGACGUGUUCACCGAAUCAGAGCUCUCGCCCAUCCGCGAGGAGCUCCAGUCAACUGAGGAGCUUCAUCAGGACGACAAGUCCUCAGGAGCCUCCACAGAAUCUGUCCAGACCGUUAGUCAGGCACCACAGACAGAAGCCAUCCAGGGCUCCACCAGCCAGGGCAAAAAGGAGGAGAUGCCCAAAACCAAGGUAGAGGAGGAGAAGGAGGAGGAGAGGAAGAAGGAGGAAGAGGGAGAAUCAGCCAGCAACACUGCCCAACCCAAAGCCUCCCUGGGAUCCAAACAGCACAGCCAGGAGCAGCCUCCAAGCACACCCACCAGCAGGGACCAGCCGGAGCCGCACUGCCAGGCCGAGGGCACCAGCUCCCGCCCAGGCUCACAGAGCUCAGCCCCAGGGGUAUCCAACCCCACAGGCCAGGAGAAAGGCCCCAAUGGGGCCAAGCUCAGCAGAGAGGGCACCAGGGAUUCAGAGACAGACGUGGAGGAACUUAGAAAGAUGUGGAAGAGUCACACUAUGCAACAAGCCAAGGAGCAAAGGGAGAAUGUACAGCAGACGCAGAGGGAGACGACUUCAGCCAAGGAGAGCCACAGACAGAGCUCAGCAGAGGGGCCCCAAGUCUCCGCGGAGAGACAGAAGUCCAAGCCUUAUAAGUUCCUGUGUUUGCGGGUGGGCAAAGCCAUGAAGAAGACGUUUGUGUCCAAUGCUAGCGCCUCCAUGCAGCAGUACGCCCAGCGAGACCGCAAGCACGAGUACUGGUUCGCAGUGCCCCAGGAGAGGUCAGACCACCUGUAUUUGUUUUUUGUCCAGUGGAGCCCAGAUAUGUAUGGAGAAGGAAUGGGAAGCAUAAGUGGUGAGCCAGGGUUUAUUGUGGUGAAAAGAAUCGAAGAAUCAGAAACCAGCGAAGAGCAACCAGCAACAGAUAAUUCAACCAAGGAAUGGGAGGUAGUGUCAUUGACUGAGUACCACCGCCGGAUCGAUGCUCUAAACAGUGAAGAUCUGCGAUCCCUAUGCAAACGGCUCCAGAUCACUACCAAGGAAGAAGUCAACUCCAAGCAUGGCACAUCCAUCACAGCCAACCUGGAGCCGGAGACAUUUAAACCCAACCUGAACGAGCCCAGCGACCUGCUGGAGCCUGAGCAGAUAGAGAAGCUUGCAAAGCACCUCCCUCCCAGAACCAUAGGCUACCCGUGGACCCUGGCCUUCAGCACGUCUAAACAUGGCAUGAGUAUAAAGACCCUAUACAGGGCCAUGCAGGGCCAGGACACUCCUGUCCUCCUGGUCAUUAAAGACAGCGAUGGUCAGGUGUUUGGUGCAUUAGCCUCAGAGCCAUUUAAAGUCAGCGAAGGCUUUUAUGGGACUGGAGAAACCUUUCUGUUUACGUUCUAUCCAGAAUUUGAGGUGUACAAAUGGACAGGUGAUAACAUGUUCUUCAUCAAAGGAGACAUGGACUCCUUAGCUUUUGGAGGAGGAAGCGGCGAAUUUGGUAUUUGGCUGGAUGGAGAUCUCUACCAUGGUAGAAGCCACUCAUGUAAAACCUUUGGCAACCCCAUGCUUUCCAUGAAGGAGGAUUUCUUUGUGCAAGACAUUGAGAUCUGGUCCUUUGAAUAAUAAACCCCACAGGGGGGAAAAAAAACUGGCGAGAAAAGAAACCGGACAUCCCCCCCGAACGGCAGUGUCCCAAACCUUACUGCUUAUCACCUUGGCUCCCAGGAAGCCUGCUAAGGAAGCAUACUAUUACUACGCUUGUCGUAUGUUACUCCUGCAUUUAAUACAGAGCUUUUCUUUGUGCUGUUACUUCUUUGUGUGUAUUUUGUUCAAGCUGUAUGCAGCUUCAGUAAGGAAGGAGAGGAGAGAUUGUCGGUGAGUUCCGGAAGGCUGCGACAAUGGCACGCGAUUGUUUUUUGGCAAGCUUUCAGCCUUGGAUUAUGAGGGACCAUCGGAGCACUCUGAACAUCUAGAGGAGAUGAUGGUGGCACAGGUUUGGGACUGCCAACAAACUGCCACUGUCCAGAUUACCUGAACCAGGUUGCACAAGGUAACCCCUCCCACGAUGGCUAGUCAGUAGGAUGAUACCAAUGCAGCACUGAACUUAGGUGGAGAUCCAUAACAAAAACAAAAAACAACAACUAUUAACACAUUCCCUUGCACUCAGGGGACGUGUAAACAUUUUAGAGAUGGGGAAAUCAACCAACUGAAGAAGGCAGCAAUCAGAGAGAGAGAGAGGGAAAAAUAAACAAAUAAAGUGCACAUCUCCAGUUUUCUUCUGAAGCGAAAUAUUCAAGUGUUGUGAAUCGUAGUCUUUCCGUCGUUCACCAUCAUAGCACACCAUGUCAAAGCACAUAACUCUAAUCAGAAUACCCAUUGUCGUAAUGUUCUGUUUUAAGUGGGUGUACAUGUGAGUUCAGCUAACGCAGGCCUCCUGUCAGGGAGGGGUUUGUGUGUACUGUUCGUAGACAGUAAUGUGUCGCAAUAGAUUUGUGGAAUAUGCAAAUUACUGUCCUGUGACCUCAAAUAAUCCAGACGGGCUCUUUUGUCGACCUGUCGCUCUUUCAAAGAGAACUUGUAAAGCUUUUACGUCCUGACAAAACUAUUGCUUUUCUGGGUAUCAUUUGAAAAGCCUGAGACGUGUUUCGUUG